UAGACAGCGCUUGGGUUACUGCCCCUUUAAGAGAGGCUGAUGUGUUGGCUAGGGAAGUAAGACCUGCCUGGAAAGCCCAGCCUCCUGUUUUCUGGCAUUCCGCAGAAGCUGGGACCCUGCUGGAAAGGACCCAAGGGAUGGAUGGAGGCAGCCGGGUUCCUAGCCGGCUGCCUGGGUGAGAAAGCAGCCCAGCCAGCCUCACCUGCUAGGCAAUGAGGAAGCCAGGCAGCUGGGGGCUGAUUGCUUGCAGCGGGUAACGUGCACAUCCCCGGGAAGCUGCAAAUGUGAUGGGAGGCUGGUGCCUGCAGUAACCUGGCAGUCUCCUCAUUGCGCCGGCCUCUCCCCGGGUGCACGCUCAGCCCGGGCGCCGGCGCCUACCGCUCCCUCCCCGAGCCGCGGCCAGGACACACCGCCUCUUUGUCUGCAAAGGCGAAGGUGAGGGCGUUUGCACGGAGACACGCCGCCUCAUGCCGGCGGCGCGGGGCGCUAGAUCCGCCGGCUCUGCAAGGAGCGGGAGCGGGGCUCAGCCCGUAACGCGCUAAGAGCGCCGCCAUGGCUGAGAAGGGGAUCGACCCAACCUGCGUCUCCAUCGCCUUGGAGGACUCUGUGUGCAGUGCUGGCUCCCAGGACGCACCUCUCCUGAAGAAGGUGGAGAAUCACAUCACAGAGGCGCAGCGGUUCUCGCACCUGCCCAAGCGUUCCGCCGUGGACAUCGAGUUCGUUGACCUGUCCUACUCCGUCCGUGAGGGCUCCUGGUGGAAAAAGAGAGGGUACAAGACCCUCCUGAAAUGCCUGUCUGGGAAAUUCUGCCGGCGCGAGCUCAUUGGGAUAAUGGGCCCCUCAGGUGCUGGGAAAUCCACGCUCAUGAACAUCCUGGCUGGUUACAGGGAGACGGGGAUGAAGGGCCAGAUCCUGGUGAACGGCCGGCAGCGGGACCUGCGCACCUUCCGCAAGAUGUCCUGCUACAUCAUGCAGGACGACAUGCUGCUGCCACACCUGACCGUGCUGGAGGCCAUGAUGGUCUCUGCUAACCUGAAGCUGAAUGAGAAGCAGGAGGUGAAGAAGGAGCUGGUGCAGGAGAUCCUAACGGCGCUGGGGCUGCUGGAGUGCUCCUACACCCGCACCAUGUCGCUGUCCGGCGGGCAGCGCAAGCGUCUCGCCAUCGCCCUGGAGCUGGUCAACAACCCACCUGUCAUGUUCUUCGAUGAGCCAACCAGUGGCCUGGACAGCGCCUCCUGCUUCCAAGUCGUCUCUCUGAUGAGGUCCCUGGCCCAGGGAGGCCGCACUAUCAUCUGCACCAUUCACCAGCCCAGCGCCAAGCUCUUUGAAAUGUUCGACAAGCUGUACAUCCUGAGCCAGGGCCAGUGCAUCUUCAAAGGGGUGGUGCCCAACCUCAUCCCCUACCUGAAAGGGCUGGGCCUGCAUUGCCCCACCUACCACAACCCGGCUGACUUCAUUAUCGAAGUGGCUUCAGGCGAGUAUGGAGACCUCAACCCAUUGCUGUUUCGUGCCGUCCAGAACGGGCUGUGCACCAUGGCCGAGAAGAAGAGCAGCCCGGAGAAGAUGGACUCCUCCUGCCCAGUCCCCUGCGUGACGGACGUGGAUCAUAUUGAGAGCCACACAUUUGCCACCAGCACCAUGACCCAGUUCUGCAUCCUCUUCAAGAGAACGUUCCUGUCCAUCAUGAGAGACACGGUCCUGACCCACCUGCGGUUCAUGUCCCACAUCUGCAUCGGGGUGCUCAUCGGGCUGCUCUACCUGCACAUCGGCAACGACGCCGGCAAGGUCUUCAACAACACCGGCUUCCUCUUCUUCUCCAUGCUCUUCCUCAUGUUCGCCGCCCUGAUGCCCACGGUCCUCACAUUCCCUCUGGAGAUGUCUGUGUUCCUGAGAGAGCACCUGAACUACUGGUAUAGCCUAAAGGCCUAUUACCUGGCCAAGACCAUGGCAGAUGUGCCCUUCCAGGUGAUCUGCCCCAUAGCCUACUGCAGCAUCGUGUACUGGAUGACAGGCCAACCCCCAGAGGCCACGCGCUUCCUCCUCUUCUCCGCCCUCGCCACCUCCACCGCCCUGGUGGCACAGUCCCUGGGGCUUCUGAUCGGAGCAGCCUCCACCUCCUUGCAGGUGGCCACGUUCGUGGGACCGGUCACUGCCAUCCCCGUCCUGCUCUUCUCAGGCUUCUUCGUCAGCUUCAAAACCAUCCCCACGUACCUGCAGUGGACCUCGUAUGUCUCCUAUGUCAGGUAUGGCUUCGAGGGCGUCAUCCUCACCAUCUACGCCAUGGAGCGUGAGGACCUGGAGUGCCGGGAGACUCCCUGCCCCUUCCAGAAUCCCAGCAGGAUCCUCCAGGAGCUGGAUGUGGAAGAGGCCAAACUCUACCUGGACUUCAUCAUCCUGGGCAUCUUCUUCCUCGUUCUGCGGCUCCUGGCCUACCUGGUCCUCAGGUACAAGGUGAAGUCUGAGAGAUAAAGAGGCCAUUGGGGCCCGAUGCCUUUCCCAGACCUGAUCUGCCACAGCAUGGACAUUCCCAAAGGGACUCUUGGUCUCUGAGGAUGUGGGACUACAGGGGAGGCAUCGGGGAAGUGGCGGCCAGUCCUGGCUCAGUCGAGAAGGUUUUUUGGGACAUCUCGGAACUGUUUUAACCUUUCCACACUCUUCAUCGCAAAUGUUUUGUACUGCCCUGGAAUGCCUCAUUCUCUCCCCUGGAGCCACAUCAUCAGAUGGAUCUUGGAUUCCUUCCUCCACCCUGUGCCCCAAACCACCACCUCAGGACACCGAUGGAGGCAGUUGUCUUCCAAGCCAGAGAAAGAGAGAGCAGCCUGCCAAGGCUUUGCCGUCUGAGGGAGGGGGGUUGCACCGGUCUGAACCCAGUUUACCUCCCGCAAAGCACAGUUUUGUAGCACAGUGUGUAGUGCAGUUUUUUAACUUGCCUGCGAGUCAAUGUCCAGUAGCAUGUGUAUCUAUAUUCAGAAGAAAUCAGAAGACAACAAUAGGCUACGUGGCAGAAGGCUUUCGUGUUUACCUUAGCCAUAGCAACAGCCAAUGCCAUCGCCCCUGUCUUUUUUGUAAACUUCCCUUUUUCUUAUGGAAAAAACAAAACCAAACGACAACUCAGCUGCACUUAGUACAGGAACAAGUACUGCAGCUCUGGAGGGAUGCAGGUAGAUCAGGCCUCUGCAUUUAGGAUUUGGCAGGAUGUAAUAUUGGUAGAAACAUUUCACUGAAAUUUUUUUUAAAUGUUUUUUCGGGAGAUGGGAGAGUUCCCAGCUCUGCUGGGUUUGCCACCAGGGCCCUGCUGUGUUGGACUACUGCAUGAGACCCAGGGAAUGACGACGCAGACCAGGCUAGCCAUGAAUUGAAAGUGACCAGUCUCAUAGAAUCAUAGAAUAUCAGGGUUGGAAGGGACCUCAGGAGGUCAUCUAGUCCAACCCCCUGCUCAAAGCAGGACCAACCCCCAGACAGAUUUUUACCCCAGUUCCCUAAAUGACCCCCUUUCCUUGGAAGCUGAGUAAAUGGUGGAAAGGUAAGGGGCAGAUUCUCCAUUCUCUUAUGCUGGUGUGAAUGGGAAGCAGCUGCUUGAAGCCAGCGGAGUUAGGUUUGGUUGAGAGAAGGAUCUGGCUCAGUGACUGACCUCAGUGGAGUGGCUGAUCCAAUGUGAAAUCAGAAUCAGUCCCUAGGGGCCCAAUGCUGCACAUCACAUGGGUCUGAUUCUCCCAGUUCACCUGCACUUUGCACCGUCACUUACACCUGCACACAAAUGCUGCCGAAUCAGAGCAGAGGUAUGUUUUACCCUUGCUUUGCACAAGUGUAAAAUGACGACACAACGUGUCGGGUAUUAACGAACCAGCCCCAUUGAGGUUAGCAGGAUGUGUGUGCCCUGAGCAGCAUGAAAGGUGAAAAGUAAAGGGCCACUCCUUUGUGUUAAUAACCCCCAGUCUUGUUACAAUGCAGGGAAGGACAUUUUCAUUUGUGGCUGAUAAUGGGACAAUGCCGCUUUUACAGUUUGGCCUUGCAGCCGAAGCCCUGAAUAGAUGCAGACAAACAAAUUUCAAAACCUCCCUGAGCUCCCUAAUCAGUAGCAGAAAACAGGCACAGAAUUAAACACCCCCAGUGUGUUUGUGUUCAGCCCGAAACAGUGUUUACCGUGUGUAGCACGUUGUGUACAGAGCAUUUUGCAGGGAGACGCUUAGCUGGUGUAAACCGGCAUAGCUCCAGUGGCUGCAGUGGAGCAAUGCUGAGUCACGUCAGCUGAGGGUCUCCCCUUGUAGGAGCUAAUUUAUUUCGGUGUACACCUGAAGUGGCGGCUCUGUGAAGCUCUAGGUAUUUAAAACAUGGUCCGUAGCUAUAACUGGCAAGUAACUUGUAGCAGAGGGAAUUUCAGGGGGAGGGGAGAAGAGAAGAUGAUUUCAGCUGAGAUUUGGGAAGAACUGGGAGGCACAGAGCGGAACUAUUUGAAAGCGAUUCCUCCCAUCUUUGACAUGCCAAGGCUUGAGCUCAAUAUGCCACAUUUCCUCUGCAGUAGCUGACAAGCCAUUGUCCAAAGCAGAGUGUUUUCCUGUGCUGCGCAAAGCAUUUGCAAUGCCUGCAAUCAAAGCACCUUGCUCUGCUGGGAGCGGGUCAGGUCUUGCAUGCUAAUCAGAGUCAGGCCUGGUCACUAUUUGGAUGGGAGUGGUGUUGGAGGGUCAAUAGGAGCUGUUCUUCCCUUUAGAGGCCAUACAGAGCCCAUGGUGCCAUGAGGCGGAGCUUGUAGUCAAAGAGGUGUCCUUCAGAUGAGCCUUGAAGUCCAGGCCCUACAAACUGCAGUCUUGUGGCUUCUUUGUCAAUCAGGGCGUUAGCCUUGGCGUCCUGGCCAAAUUCCAGCUCAGGUUUCCCUUCCCUAAAGUCCUUAGCAGUUGCAAUCAGAGACAGGAUCCUCUGUUUCUCGCCCUGAGCUUCUAUGCAGUAUUUCUGUGCUGUGUCAAAGAGCUGCCGUGUUCCACCCCAGAGAGGGCUGCAGAUGUGCAGUUUGUAGAGUGCUUUAGGACCAUUCCAGGGGAACGGUGCUCUAGAAAUGGAGGCUCCAGAGCCUUGAACUCAGGUAUUUGUAGGGCAGGGAAGGAGGAGCUCAGUUAAGCUCCACAUCUGCUCUGUUAAUUGUUUGGGGCUAAAACAAGCCACUGCCACUCCCGCGUUUCAGUUCUCAUGGAGGAGAUGGGGAGGGAGGGGGUUACUGCUGUGGGGCUGAGCAUACGGCCUAGAGCCCUGAUCCUGAUAAGGGGCAGUAUGUAGAGGGCAGGGGACCCAGGUGUUGGAGGGUGAGAGCCAGUGAGAUUACCCAGUCAAUGUGAUUUCAGCAGCCUGGAGGCUAACAAGGACCUCCUCAUCUCCACUCACUCCUCUUUCCUCCUUCCCGUUCUCUCCAUCCCAUAUUCCAUGGGCACAGGCAAGGAAGGUCCUAGGUCCUCGCAUCCGGCCCCUGCUGUCUUUGGCAAUCCAUCUUACAGCCCCAUUCAGAAACUUACCAAGCUCUGUCUUCAAACUAGUCAGGCUGUUUGUCCCCACAACUCCUCAUGGGAGGCUUGGCCGAUAGUUAGAAACUGUGACACUUUUCGCUUCUCUCCCCUCAUCUCUCUUUCCUCCCUUGCUAUCCCAUCAAACUGUGUCGGCGCUGGGGGCUGCACUAGUUAACUGUAUUCGUACCAAAGCUGUGCGUGGCGUAGCCAUGCACAUACACUACAUUCCUAUCAUAACCUCCGGGUCUGUCUAUCCCCCUCUUGGUGUAGGGAGACCCCUGUGACGGGGUCUGAACCCAGUGUAGGGUCCUGCUCUGUUUUCCAAUAGCUUCUCCUUCCGCUCAGCCCUGCAGGAAGCAAGUAUGGAGGGGCAGAGGUGCUGGGAGUCCCCCCAGGCCAAUGCCAGAUGUAGCAACAUGCUGCCCGCCCUGUCCCAAGGACAGAACCCAUGCCACCUACCCUCAAGAUGUCCUCCAGUGGUCUAAACCCAUCUCCAUUAUCAUCUUUGCUCAGUAGCGUCCCGAGCUUCUGCUCCUCCCAGAAGAACCAGGGCCGUUUGCUUGGUGUUUAUUGGGUCUCUCUUGCUGGAUGGACUGGACCUGAGUUUCUCAUUGCACUGCCUCUGGCGGGGGCAGGUGGUGCGCUAUGGACACCGGGGGCCAUGCAGGAAUAAGGAGCUGCUCACCAUGGAUCUCCAACCCUCUGGGGAAUUCUGAGUCCCAGUUCUCCCAGGCUGGAGCCUCUACCCUCCCUCCCCCCACACAGAAACAAAUCGGGUCCCUGGACUGCACUGGACCUGGAUCUUAGCGGGAUCAAAGGAAUAGAAAACUGGAUGUGGGAUCCACUGCUUGGUACGGUUGUUCCCUUCCCACCUGUUUCCAGAAGCUGCGUCCCUCCUGCAUCUUGUCUGGGAACGGGGCCGGGCCAUGCCGCAGGAGCACAGCUCGGGGACAGGAUCUGCUUGGAGUGUCUGUGGUUCUGAAGGUCGGUUAUGGCUUGUGAGCCUCGGUGUGGGACCCUGGCUGCUGAGGUUCGGAUUGUGUCUGCCUGGGUUCGCUAACCUCUGACCCACUGGGCGGGGACAAGCAUUGCUUACUGACUCCUGAAUUCAGAGCACAAGGGGUCCCCGGAUGGAGCCAGCCAGACUUGCUGAGUGAGCUUUGGGGCAAGGCUAAUUGCUGGGCAAAGACUCUCAAGCCCCAAUUCCCUGGUAACUCGAUAAUCCGUGACCCCAGGGGGAAUAUGGAAGGGGAGACAACAGCAAACCAGCCUCUGUGACAGGGUCAUGGGCUGACCCUCGGGACUGAUGAAAGCAAGGGUGUGCUGGCAGGGGAGGGGCUGUUGCCUAGGCUGCCCCUUUUCUGUAGCUACCUGCAGAGCUCUGGAGGUGUCCAGCCAGCACUUUUCCUAGAUUCGUACAGGACGUCAGCCUCCCGUCCCAGUCGCCCUCCUGGGCACCGUGCCUCACUCAGCCUGCUCUAGCUGGCUUCAUUCUCCAGAUGGUCAGAUGCCGUCCCAAGUCUUACAGACGUGGUGCGGGACAGACCCCCUGGCUUGCGGGGUGGGGGGCAAGAAUGGCUGGCUGGGGUGCCCCCUUUCCCGUGCCCAUGAUGGCAGUUGUCCCGAUUGGCACUGAACACACAAUGCUGUUGAUUGUAUGGACUGAAAGGGGCACUGGCACUUCAAACCUACCAUGUGCUGGAUCGAUGCAAGGUGCAGAGCUCGUCUCUCGGAAGCCACCUGCCCUCAGCCCUUUCGGUAUCGUGGCUGCUGUCAACCAGGGAUGGAAGGAGACUGGGCAAACGCCCUCCCAGCUGGCUGCUUUAGUGACCAUGUGCCUUCGCUCGCAUGUCGCAGUGUGUGAGAGAGAGAUGGGGCCCAUGGUCCAGUACGCGAGAUUAGCAGCAUUAACGGUGUUCGGAGGUGAGGAAAUGCUCCGCCUGUCUGAGUGGGAUUAGCAGAGUGCCGCUUUGUAGGCAUGAGGGAUUGUCCCCUCCUCCCGGUGUUAAUGCAGGGUCCCACAGGGAUGUCACUGGCAGCAGCCACCUGGCACAGUUCAGACAGUGAGCCGCUGUGGCCAUGCAGCUGGAGGAAGGCCCGUCUGCUCCAACCUGCUUGGAAGUGGAGUCUUCUCUGUGACACGCUGCCUGAGGCAGCUGUAGACUCCAGGCAUGCUGCUGCUUCGGGUCAGGGACAGCCAUGUCACCCAGAGGAUGCCCAUCCCUCUGAUCUCCCCUGCCUUCUCUGCCUACCUACUUCCCCACCGCCUACCUCUCUGUGCCCUGGGGAGAUGAGGCAGGGCAGCUUUCCCUCCUGUCUCCCCUAGCAUCACAGUGUGCCAGCCACACGGGGUGCACAGGAUAGGGAAAGGUCGGGCAGUUGUUACCCGCCACUCACAGUAAUAAUUCCAGUUGCGGGUUGGUGCAAUCCUGUCUCUUCCUUCUCCUUCCUUAAACGGAUUCAGAAAAAGCAACCAAAGGGCCUCCUCCCAUGCUGGGGAGUUUGACAUGAAACUCCUGUCUGCAUGGGUGUCGGUGGCAGGGCUUGCUCCAAAGAGGGCAGCUGGGCAUGCCAGAGUCUUAUCCUAAGAUUGUAACAAGUGAUGACAGUGCACUUUAAUAGAGCAUGCUCCUUGGGGCGCUUUGACAUUACCAGUCACUUUGGGGGGCACUAGGUUGCUUCUGGAUGCCAGUUUGUGUGGCACCAGGGCUUGGCGUCCCCUCUCUGGGUAAGAAAGUCCUGUGUGUCUCUUUGGAAUAAUCAGGAGGUGAGUGUUAUGGGCGAGGGACAGUUCUCCAGUCCUGUCUCUUCCUGUAAUGUUCCCAAACGCUGGGUCACGGGAAGAUUUUAGACAGGUCGCCACAUCCAGGGCUGGACCCUAGGUGAACAUAUCCUUCUCCCUGCCCGGUGCAGAGGGGGGCCCUGUGGAGGGGGUGGGUGUCACAGACAAACCUGCUCUGCCCUCACCCCACAGAGGCAGCUCCUGUCACAUGGGUCUGGGCCUGGCUCUCUACUCCAGGCACUGUGACCCUGUGCACUAGCUUGCAACACUUGGAGUGGGGAGCAAGACCCAACCCUGUGGGACAGGAGCCACUGCUGUGGGGAGGGAGUGCAGGGCAGACUUGGUCUCCAGCCCCUCCCCCAGGACCUUCCCACACACAAGGCUGGGAUUCUGGUUGCGGUGCCGGGGCAGAGGGUGUAUAAAUGUGCCGGUACGUCACCAAAAAAAGAAACUACAGUUGGUGGAUCACCCCAGGGAAGAAUUUAGGAACCACGGCUGAAAUGCACUUUUAAUGGACAGCAAGUCCUUGUUCAGGCUGCUAAUUAGGGUUUGUGUCCUUUGCAACAUAACCUGGAUGUUGUUACAUGUUUAGCCUCUCCUUAAAACUGCUCCGCCCACCGGGAGAGCUGCUCCAGUCCAAAGGCAUGAAUGCAACACAUGCAGCUUCUCUCUCUGUGCACUCACGUAAGCACAUACACACACUCUGAUACAGUCUGGCACACUCUUGCAUGCUCUGAUACUCUUAUUCACACACACAAGCAAAGCAGAUUCGCAAUCAAACCACUGGUGCUAAGGCUUGCAAAGGGAGGAGGCUGGGCCAUGAGGGCGGGGAGCAUUUCCAGGGCUCCAAUUUCCCCUCGAAUCAGGCAAUAAACAUGUUUUGUUUCAUUCUGUGUGGACAAAGUUUGUGUCGUCCAGCCACCAAGUGAACUCCUGGGCCAGAGAGCAUCACAUGGCUAUCUCGACUGCUCCACAUUUCCCAUCGAUAUCUCAACAUGGCUAGCGUGUGUGAGUUCGUUAAUCUCUCUUUGAGUGUUCUCCAUGUUGUAUAACCAGAUGGGUUUGUAUAGGGAGUGCGUGUGUGUGUACGUGUGUAGCAUAGAGAGGUCUGGCCAGUAGAAUCUGUCAUGGGCCACCUAAUCAUAAGAGGUGUGCCUGUUUAACUGGGACAGUGUCCCAGGACCAACGCAUUUCAAACCAUGGCUAAAAGUCAGUGAGUCUGUGGAAAUGGCAUCAUGUUUAAACCCUUUGCUACAGCUGCCAGAUGUGACAUGCUGUGAGCCAACAUUCAGGACACGGUCUGCGAUCUCUUUGUUCCCUGAAGGUGGCUUCCUGGAUCCAAAUGACCGUGCUAUCAUUUCCCCAAGCCCGACCUUCUGGGUAUCUUUUCAAAACAAGAGGUGAAAGGGAAGCAGAUCUCUCCCAUUCUGAGAGCUCCCCUUGGGAAGCUGGCAUGUCUCUUUCCUGACAAGGGUCAGCUCCAGUGAAGAGGAUUCUGCUGUAUGCACACACGCACAUGCAAGUAUAAUCUGGCUGUAACUCCUGACUUCAUGAUGGUGUCUUUGCAGAGACAUUGCUAGUUUAAUCUCGACCACCAUCCAGAUUCACAGGGUGACAGGAGUCAGCAGCCAGGCAGAUAUUUUGCAAUUUAAUUCAGUGUUCCUGAGAUGCCAGCUGUAUUCGUUGGAUUUC